GUUGACCAAUCAGACAGCUGCAUGUGGAAGGUCUCAGCCAAUGAUGGAGGCCUGGCCGGCAGCCUGGGUUCUAGUUUUAACGCUAAUCGUUGAUUGGCUGGAAGCGGCUCAAUCGCGGGACUUCACUGUGAACGACAUCAUCCUCCUCCAUCCAUCAACCACACCUCAUCCUGGAGGGUUCAAGUGCUUCACAUGUAAAGAUGCACCAGACAACUACGAAUGCAAUCGCUGGGCUCCGGACGUAUACUGCCCACGAGAGACCAGGUACUGCUACACCCUCCAUGUGUUGGACGUCCAGGGGAACACCGUGUCUGUGGCCAAACGCUGCGUGGCCCUGGCCCACUGUCUGUCUACAGGCUGCACCCAGGACAACCAUGAAGGAUACAAGGUCUGCACUGCUUGCUGUGAAGGAAACAUCUGUAACAUGCAGUUGCCAAGAAACAAGACAGAUGCCAUCUUUUCCACCACCUCUCUCCUCCACAGCAGUAACGGUCUACUCACACACUACUGGCUGCUCACUGGCUGUCUGAGCUCUACCGUCAUCAGCGUCAUGCUAUCCAACAGUCUAUGA